CUUUUUAGUCUCUUGUUUAUUUUAAGAAAACAAACUAAACGCCCUGUCCUGAUUCUCCAGUCUCCACCCAGAUCUUUCUCUUUAUGUAGACAGGUACAAACACUUUUCAUAGAAACUUAUAGAACUCAAGUUUUAAUGUGAUUCAGAAGAUAUCAGCCGUUGAAAAAUUCAUACGCAAUGCACGGUUUGCACAGAAGGAGCCUCUUUGUUAAGAGACUGACUUGAGAUAAUACAGUUGACACUUGAGAAAACUUCAUGUCUCUGCAGAAUAAACUCAUUUGCGGGGCAGCCGUUGAUUAAGCGGUUUACGAUGUUAAUAUACUGGACAUUAAAAGUUCUAACUGUAAACUCCAAUAAGCAGUCUCUGCUCGGGCAUCAGGAUGAUUUAAUUGAGCUCAAGUGUUGAAAAUCUUGUGUUCUCCAUGACUUGUCGUGAUGAAAAAUUUGAUGGAAGACUGUUUAUCAUAGACUACAGAAUGAAGUGAAAAAAGAAAAACAGCAGUCGGUAUUUCAUCUGGCGUAGCAGCGCAAUUUAAGGAAAACAUAAAAAAUUAAAAGCAAUUUGUGGCACAAGCUGAUAGGUCACUUUCGGGUGGCGAGCUGCGCACGAAAUAACAAGCCUAAUUAUUGUUGCAAGACUUAUAAAAAGGCAGUGGAUCUGCCUAUCAUUAGAUUGUAGACAUUGCCAUACCGUAUAUGUUUUCGCGCAAAUAACAACAAGAAGCAAAACAUUUAUCCCAGCCGCUUCAGUGGCACAUAAAUAGCGUGACCUUAAUAAGAGAACAACUCAGAAGAAAACUCAUUUUUGAGCGUAAGAGCGGAAAAAGAAACUGAACGACUAUGUCGGAAAACUUGAACUCAACGAUGAAUGGAACACAGCCAUCGCCCUGUUACUGGAAUCCUACAGCAGAAAAACUCGGAAAAACCUUUGCUUACUGCCUGAUUGUUCUUGUCUCGCUGGCUGGGAACACCGUCAUGGGGAUAACUGUCUACAGGACGAAAACCAUGAGAAAACCCAUCAACUUUUUAAUCGUAAACAUGGCCAUGUCCGAUCUGCUGUAUCCGAUUUUCUUGAUUCCUCGGGCUAUUCAACGGCUCUACAUAAACUCCUGGCUGAUCGGUGGUCCUCUUGGCCAGGUCUUAUGUAAGCUGGUUUUCUUCUUACCUGAGGUCUCCCUUAGUGUGUCUAUUCAGAGCCUGGUUCUGAUAGCAGUGGAUCGAUUUGGAGUUGUGGUAUAUCCCCUCCGUUCCCCACUCAUUAGUUCAAAGCUGUGUCCGUUCUUCAUUCUCGCCACUUGGAUCGUCGCGUUGGCUUUAUUUUCCCCAUAUCUCUUCUCCAAACUUGUUCAAUAUCCAGGAAGGUUGGCGUGUAGGCUGCAUUGGAACGAAGUCUUUGGAGAAUUCUUCGAGAAUUACUACGUGGCAUUUUUAAUUAUAUUAAUUAUCAUCGCUUUUCUGUUGAUAACCAUACUUUACAUUAUCAUCUAUGCAAAGCUCAAAUCACAAAAUACCGUUGCUCCAGGCCAGCAAUCGGCCAGCGUUGGACAACAACGUCAGCAAAGGGAGCGAAAUGUGUUAAAGAUGGCCACUGCUAUUGUGUUAAUGUUUGCAGUAUGCUGGCUGCCCUUCACUAUCAAUUGGUUACUCUCAAUCUUUGCAUCGGACAUACUGUCUUGCAGCUCCCUAUACUUUUCCGACGUUGCCUUUUUUAUGAUGCACAUAAAUUGUGUCAUAAAUCCUUCCAUCUGUUUCAUUUUCAGUAGUAAUUAUCGUGACCGACUUAAGACUCUCUUUAGAUAA